AUGUCAAAGAAAACUCCGAUAGUGGAUUCUCAUAUCCAUCUCUUCCCAGCCUCGCACCUCCAAACAUUAAAUUGGUACAGCGCAAACCAUUGCCUCGCCUCCCAGCACAGUGUCGACCAAUACCGCCAAGCAACAUCAUCCAUAUCCACAUCUACAAGCAACAAAUACUUGCGCGGCUUUAUUUUUCUAGAGACAGAUCGUAUCUCUUCAUUGGAAGAGAGCGUAUCAACCGUCAACCCAGGCUGGGAACACGCUCUAGAUGAAGUAUCCUUCCUAGCGCGAAUAGCCCUCGGAGAGCCACUCGAAGGAGAAGGCCACCAGACUAUAGACCAAGAUCUUUGUCUGGGCAUAAUACCAUGGGCGCCUGUCCCUUCCGGACCGACCGUGAUGCGCAAAUACAUGGCAAAAGUGUACCUGAGAGCUAAAACACCUCAUGUCCAGCGCAAGAUACGCGGUGUGCGAUAUCUUGUUCAAGAUAAACCAAGCGGAGUGAUUCUUCAGCCUGGAUUUGUGGCUAGUAUACGUUGGCUAGGAGAGGCGGGACUUAGUUUUGACCUUGGGGUUGAUGCAAGGUGCGGAGGGUUGCAUCAGUUACGAGAAGCGGUACAGAUGAUGAAAAUGGUUUAUGAGAAGGAUAGCGCCGUGAAGAUCAUUAUCAAUCAUCUUUGUAAGCCUAAUCUUCAACUUUCUCCCAAUUCUAUUGCUACUCAUCCGGAGUAUCUGGAGUGGAAGGAGCUUAUCUCCGGUAUGGCUCGACUGAGCAAGAAUACAUAUAUGAAGCUUUCAGGGGUAUUUUCUGAGCUUCCUCCAGGAAUUGUGGAGGAUCUAGAUAUAUUUGGUCUUGCUGAUAGUCUGAGGCCGUGGACAGAUGUUGUAUUCGAUGUCUUUGGUGCUGAUCGUAUCAUGUUUGGGUCCGAUUGGCCGGUGUGUAAUGUCGGCGGCGGAAAAGAUGCAUGGAAUAGAUGGCGACAGAUCGUUGAACUGAUUUUGGAGAGAAGAGGGUUGAAUGAAGAGGAGAUGAAAGGGAUUUGGGGUCAAGUUUCUGUGAGGGCGUAUGGUUUGGAGGUGGACAUGCUUCAAAGUACUGCCUAA